AUGCACCUGACAGUUUUAAAGCAUCCAUUAGUGCGAUUCAGCGACGUGCAUGGUGGAUAUUUAGAAGGUGCCACACUUACAUUCAACGUCGAGUAUGAACCCGGAUUAAAGGUGACGUCUCAGGAUUGGGUGGCAAUUAUACCAGCAGGAAGCAAUGAUUUGCGACAGUUUGUCACUUUCCAGGUGAACGAUUCGAUUAGGCGCAAUUUUCUGAUCCCAAUAUGCAUCUACACAUGCCAGGGUGGUGCAAAUCUGAUAUUUUUCUCAUCUUUCAGAUUCACCUGA